AGCAUGACAUGGUUGAUGUUACUGCUCUUCGCCCGGUACGUUCGAAUCAGGUGACGCUUUUGCACGUGUUUUCGUUUAUAUUCAUUUAUUGGUUACUAAUAAUUGAUCUUUAAUAACGAUGGUUCAAAAUUCUAAAAAGCGUGUUCGUGUGAACACCAGUAAUUUAGAAAAUAGCACCGGCUCGUCUAAUAACACAUUACCACCCCAUAUUAUUAGUAGUUCACCCAACAUAAAAGACUCGAACAUAACUCUGACCCCUGUAAUACAGGUGGAAGAUGUUCUGUCUGAAAAAGUAGAGCUCUCUUACUUAACCUGCGUAAUUAAAGAGAUGCAGCUACAGAUAGAUGAAUUAAAAACGAAAUUAAGUUCACUAGAAUGUAUACCCGAAACUGUCUCACGUAUGAAAAAGGAACUGCAGGAUCCUACAAUCCUAAAGCUUUUUAAUAUGACCUCUAGAAUGACUCAUACUGACUCAGAAAGUGCGAAGGAGUUAGAAAACGCCAUCGACUUUCUAUCCAGCGAAGUUGUUAGAAGGCUGGCUUCAAAACAAAACGCAAUAGUGUAUAAUGUACCGGAUAGCGAGCCCAUAAAGUCAGUCCAGCACUCAUUGCUGAAGGCUGCUAAUCUCUUGAAUGCACCUUGUCAGUGCAUUCGCCUAAGCAAAAAAGACCUAAAGCAUCCUUGUCCUAUACUCUUUAGGUUCGACAGCUACAUAACAGCUGAACGAUUUAAGAUGGCCGAAGAUCUUCUGGCUACUGCCACUAAAUUCAAGACUAUUAAAGUAGUCUCGGAUAAAACACCAAACCAAAGGCAAGCAACCAAGAACUCCUUCGAUACAAAGUUGACAACACUGAGAAAUACAUCUGGUAUCAGUGCUAAAGUGUCGACGGACACUGAAGCACAGCAAGUCACGUGUAUAGUGUUAGGAGAGAAAACGGCAAGUAAGAGCGACCCAAAACUCAGUAAGAGCAGUGCCACUGGGUGCAAUCUUAGAGUGCACGAGAGCACAUCUCGAAAACCUGCUGACCUACAUAAGGUUGACAUAGACGCACAAACUAUGGCUGACCAGAAACUACUGGCAGACCACUCUCAAUCUGGAUCCAAGCCAGAGAGUCCCUCAGUAGAAACCGCAAAAAGGACCACAAAACCCAGAGUCCCACCCCAGACUUCGACAUACCUCCCUCGUAAUAAGUCUAAUAAGCAGCGUGUCAGUCUAAAAAAUGACAAAGCAUGGGUAACGAAGCACAUUCCCAAAGACGUCACGCAGCAUGUGAGAAGGAAUACCCCUUCCCGAACUAGAAGUAACAUGCCUAACAACGCACAUAACUUGGGAAUGCAACGUAGAAUGGAUCCUCAGGAUAUAUGGAGCACUAAACGGGACUCAUAUAGGCACCAUAUUAACGAAAAUCCUCGUCCAAACUCUCGCACUAUCUAUAUUAAACCUCAUCAACUUAAUGAGAACAGGUCGGCACUUGAUCCCCUCAAUAACUUCACUCACAAACGUGACGUGAGCCAAUAUGCAUAUGGCUAUGAAAGCCCCAUGAGGUACAACUACCAGGGUAAUCUUAACUCAGGGUACCUAGGUCCAGCAAACUACAACCCAAAUUGCAGGGCAGACCAUAUAUCACCAGUAGAUCAACGCAGAUGCCGACCCAUGGAUGCUAAUAGUCAAAAUAUGCAACAGGAUUAUUUUCGGCUGCAGCAAACAAUAGCCCCACUCGCUGCACAGUUCAUCCAGGAAAUAGUACACACACUGACUCUGUCUCACCUCAGAGCCCCUCCAAACAUAACGUAGGGAUAGUGACAAGUAACCAUGUUAACCUCUCCUCCAAUAACUCUGGUUUACUAACAAUUAUGCUCCUGAAUGCUAGAUCUCUCCUUAAUAAAAUAACAACGCUUCGCUGCCUGGCAUACAUAGAACGGCCAACACUAAUAAUGGUGACUGAAACCUGGCUUACUACUGAUAUACCUGACACAAAGCUGGUAAUAGACAACUACGACAUCUAUAGGAACGAUAGAGUUGACAAAAGAGGAGGUGGUUGCUUAAUAUAUGCCUAUAAAUCCACUAACUCCAAUACUUUCAAUAACCCAAAUACUGACAAACUCCCAGAAUCUAAGUGGAUAAGCAUCCACACAAACGAAAGUAAAAUUCUCGUGGGAUGUAUAUACAGACCCCCCAAUAGCCCUGAAAUGACUGAUAUAACUAUUGCAGAAAUACUAGAGCAUGUAGCUACGCUGGACUUCGACUUCAAAGUAGUAUGUGGAGAUUUCAACUUACCUGGAGUAAACUGGGAUACCUGUACAGGACCAAGAACCCAUGAAGAGCUACUACAAGCUAUAGACAUAGGAGGAUGGAAGCAGUGCGUGCGCCUCCCUACAAGGAACCAAAAUACUCUUGACUUAAUCCUCUGUCAUAACAUAGAGCCCAUCUCGAUAGAGGUGGGAAAUAAACUCGAUAACAGUGAUCACAACAUAUUGUACUGCACGCUCCCCCUCCGACUAACAACUAAAUACACACCUAAAAAUUCCCCGGUGCGCUAUCAAUAUAGGGAUUAUAAGAAUGCAGAUUGGGAAUUCCUACCAGAUCUGUUGAGAAGUUCUGACUGGGAAGAAUACUUCAUCAACAAUAACUUAGAAGCAUCACUUGAGAUUUUCUACAAAACAGUUGGCUCAGCAAGAGACACAAUCGCGCCCCUAAAAUCUGCCCUAAAGACACCAACUCCAUUUAUUGACCGGAAAACGCGACUAAAACUAAAGAAAUUGAAAAGGAAAUACCAUGUAUUUAAGGAAUUUAAUGCGUUAAACCAAAUACAUGAAACUCUUAAACUGCUUGAAGAGAAACACAAAAUGAAGUCACAACAUGAGGAAAAUAAAGCGCUAAUGGGUAACACCAAAACUCAGGAACUUUGUAGGAUAUUGCAAAAACGUCUAAAAAGCUGUAAAGACAAUAAUGUAAGCAUCUUGGAACAUAGGGGUGUAAUAUACAACGAUCCCCAGGUAAUAAGUGAACUCCUCAGUGAGUGGUUUUGCAAUGACACCAGAGUGCACUCGACCCCAAAUUUCCAAAUGACCUGCAAAAGUAACCACAAAUUAGGAGAAAUAGAUUUUAAUAUGCAAAAUAUAGACUCAGCGAUUAAGACAUUGAAGUCAAAUGGCAGUACUGGAACAGACGACAUACCAUCUGUCAUAUACAAAAAUGGUAGCACGGAAAUGGUAGUCUUGUUACUUAGAAUAUUUACUCUGUCACUGGAAACUGGAACUUAUCCUGAAGUGUGGAAAACCACAUACAUACUACCUAAGCACAAAGCAGGGGCCAAAACCAGUGCAUGCAACUAUAGACCUAUUAAUAUAACACCGGUAAUAUCACGAAUAAUGGAGAAAGUGGUUAAAGACCAAGUGUCAGACAACUUACUAGAACAUGAACUUAUCAACCCAUCACAACACGGAUUCCUCAAAAAGAGAUCAUGUGCGACCUGUCACAUAGACUUUUUCAAUGAAGUUACACGAAGCAGGGACAACAGAGAACUAGUAAUUGUGCUAUACUUCGAUAUAACAAAAGCCUUCGAUAGAGUCCCCCAUAAUCUGCUAGUCAGCAGGUUAUGCUCACUAGGGAUAUGUGACCCUCUCCUGAGCUGGAUAAAAUCAUUUCUGCGUGACAGGAAUCAGAUAACAAAAGUUGGCUCGAUAAUCUCAAGGCCAAAACCUGUAAGUAGUGGUGUAAUCCAGGGAAGUGUAUUAGGCCCACUCCUAUUCAUAAUAUAUAUAAACAGUAUCUGUGAAUGCUUUAGUGUUGGUAAACCAAUACUAUAUGCAGAUGACUUAAAAGUGACCUAUAAAUGCAAGAACACAGAUCUCGGAAUAACAUUAAACGCCAUACAGCAAGAAUUAGAAAAAAUGGACAGAUGGUGUGACACCUGGCAACUCCAGUUUAAUGUCGACAAAUGUGGCUGGCUCUGCAUAGGUUGCAACAAUUUAGAACUUGACCUGACAAUUCAAGGCCAUGCACUUUUACGACUGGAAUCUGUAUUGGACCUAGGACUGAAAUACUCACAUGACUUAUCAUUUUCUGAACAUAUCUCCAAACAAGUGUCAAAGUCACGCAGACUUAUCGGCUUUCUACUCAGGAACUUUUACAGAAAUGAGUCCAGAAUUCUGUUGUACAAGGUUUGUGUGCGUCCUUUAUUUGAUUACUGUUCAUUCAUGUAUAGUAGUAUACGCAUAGAGGACAAAUUGAAAGUCGAGGGAGUGCAGAGGUACUUCACGUCAAAAUUACUCGGAACCGAAAAUGGUGCGAACUACUCCACUAGAUGUGACAUCCUAGGAUUAGAAACACUAUGGCUAAGACGCCUGAGACUAAACUUAACACUUUACUAUAAGCUUCUAAACCACUUAGUUUUUACCUCUACUAAUGGCAUUCGACUUUCAGAUGACAGUGUCUACAAACUAAGACACACUAAGGGUACAGUAGCUAUUGAACAAUGUAAAACAGCUACCAGGCAAAAGUUUUAUUUGAUUAGGUAUGCACAGAUAUGGAAUAAACUACCAAUGGAAAUGCGUCAAGCAGGUACAUUGGCUUCCUUCAAAAAAGUGCUUAACGACAAACUACACGAGUUUGCAAACGACAGUAGUCUUAGUUCCUAUCUGAGAGCCUCCGAAAUUAUAGGUCCAUUUAAUGUAUAAGUUCAAAUACUACACCUGCUGUUUUUGCCUAUAUUUAUAAUUUUAGAUAAAACAUUAACGAUUAAGAUACUUACCCUCAAACAGACAAGAAGUUUCGUUUGUAAAACUUCUACCCAACACAAUAAGUGGAAUAAAAUGGACAUAAACUGACAACAUGAAAAAGGUUAUAACUCACCACAACAUCACAUGGACAGAUGUACGCUCGUCGGACAUCAUAUAUGCAUCACCAACUACAACCCAACAUUCCUGAGAUAAUGUGAUGAACUUAUAUCCAUAAUGUUGCUGAGCAGUCAAUAUCCACAACUCCUGUCGGAACAACUAAAAUUCAAAAACCUUCCUCACGAGAAGUAAAUAUCCACAAGCAGUAAAAAUCCAUUAAUUAAUGCGUCUAAAGCUUAUGUAUUUUACUCCCAACAAUGACAUUGCACAUCAAAUGAGAUAAACAUAUCACUGAUUUCAAAAUAACACAACAAUGAACUAUAAUUCAAGGAUUCUGCACACCACAAAGUAAUGCAUGAAAAUUGACUUCAAGCUUUAUUUUUUUCCCAGGCACUUAUAACCCAUCCACCAAAGACCUGGUUUUUUUGUUAAUGCGAAGACAAUACUUCUGUAUUUCCUGAUGUGUUGCACUCACUGAAAAUCUAGCGGAUUUUUCCAACUAUGCACAGAAAUGAUUGUACAUAAGUGAAAAGGAUGUUUUAUACUAUUCGGAUUAACAUUUAUCAAGUGUACGUAUUAUCUCCAGUGUACAUGUUAAACAUAUUUUGCUAUCGACUGUAAAUUGUGACUGAAUAAUAUGAUCCUAUUUCUGUAACAAUUUGAUGAUGCCUGUAAACUGGCGUCCCUCAUGUACUGUACCAUGAGAAUCAAUCCAUCUAUUUACUUAUUUCAAUGAAAUAAACAUUUCUCUGAUUUCAAAAUAACACAUCAAUGAACUAUAAAUCAAGGAUUCUGUACACAAGAAAAUUAUGUAUGAAAACUGACUUCAAGCUUUAUUUUUUUCCCAGGCACUUAUAACCCAUCCACCAAAGACCUGGUUUUUUUGUUAAUGCGAAGACAAUACUUCUGUAUUUCCUGAUGUGUUGCACUCACUGAAAAUCUAGCGGAUUUUUCCAACUAUGCACAGAAAUGAUUGUACAUAAGUGAAAAGGAUGUUUUAUACUAUUCGGAUUAACAUUUAUCAAGUGUACGUAUAAUCUCCAGUGUACAUGUUAAACAUAUUUUGCUAUCGACUGUAAAUUGUGACUGAAUAAUAUGAUCCUAUUUCUGUAACAAUUUGAUGAUGCCUGUAAACUGGCGUCCCUCAUGUACUGUAUCAUGAGAAUAAAUUUAUUUAUU